ACGUGCCCAAGCUAAACGACCUGGACUUUGUCGACGUCACCGACACCACUGUGGGCCUGCGCUGGACCGCCCUGGUAAACGUUACAGCCAUCACCAGUUACCGGGUAACGGUUAUGGCGUCGGGCGAGAGUUUGCCCAUCAUCAUGGUACGCCGUCCCCGCCCCACCAACCUGAACUUCGGAGGUGGGCCCGAUCACAUGAGGGUCAGCUGGACCGUCCCCAACGUCCCCACGCCCAGUGACAUCACACGCUUCGUCAUCCGCUUCCACCCCAGCAGCAACGACGACGAUGUCAAGGAGCUCAACGUGGGCGGAGCCACCAACACCUUCCUGCUGCAGAACCUGCUGCCCAACACAGAGUACAGGGUGAGCGUGGUGUGUGUUUACGAGGAGAGAGAAAGCGCACCAGUCACUGGCACUCAGAGAACAACCCUGGACUCUCCCACUGGCCUGGACUUUGCUGACGUCCUGACCAACUCCUUCACCAUCCACUGGCUGGCCCCCAGCGCCGUGAUCACCGGCUACCGUAUCCAUUACCAGAUGACCAGCGGAGGCAGGGCCAAGGACGAGAGACUGCCCCCGACCAGGAGCCACUUCACCCUGACUGGCCUGGCUCCCGAGACAGAGUACAGUGUUGAGGUCUACGCUGUCAGCGGGAACCAGGAGAGUCUGCCUCUCACUGGCACUCAGGCUACUAUCUCUGACGCCCCCACCGACCUGGAAGUGACCUCAACCAGCCCCACCAGCAUCACCAUCCGCUGGGACGCCCCCUCUGUCACCGUGAGGUACUACAGGAUCACCCACGGAGAGACAGGUGGAGAAAGCCCUGCUAAGGAGUUCACUGUCCCCGGCUCCCAGUCCGAGGCCACCAUCUCUAACCUGAACCCAGGGACAGACUACACCAUCACCGUCUACGCUGUGACAGGGAGAGGGGACAGCCCGGCCUCCAGCACACCCAUCUACAUCAGUCACAAGACUGACGUGGAGGGCCCCACCAACAUGGACGUGACAGAUGUGAAGGACAACACCAUCACAGUGCGCUGGUCCGCGGCCCAGGGCCCCAUCAAGGGCUACAGGGUCACCAGCGUCCCCAAGAAUGGACAGGGCCCCUCUUUCUCUGAGGUGGUGGCCCCUGAUCAGACCGAGAUUACGUUUACUGGCUUGAUGCCCACGGUGGAGUACGUUCUGAGUGUGACCGCUCUGGGAACCGAUGGAGAACCUUCCACACCUCUGGUAGAGAACGCCAUCACAGCAAUGGACCGUCCCAAGGCCCUGUCCUUCUCUGAGGUGGACUCCACCUCCCUGAGGAUCACAUGGGACAGUCCGGACGGCACGGUGACAUCAUACCGUGUGCUGUACUCCAGCCCUGAGGAGGGCGAGAGAGAGCUGCGCCCGGCGCCCAGAGGGACAGACGAUACCGUGGUACUGAGGAAUCUCCGCCCCGGCACAGAGUACACUGUUAAGGUCAUCGCUCUGCACGGACGCACCCCCAGCACCCCACUGGUGGGCACACAGGCCACAGCUAUCCCUGCGCCCACCAAUCUGGACAUCUCUGAGGUUGGUGACACCUCCUUCAUUGUCUCGUGGCGCUCUCCCAGCUCCGGGCUGUCUGGGUACCGUGUGGUUGUCAACCCCAAGAACAACAAUGGACCCACCAAGGAGAUGACCAUCGCCCCAGACACCACGCGCGCCGUGGUCCCAGGACUCAUGGUGGCCACUCUGUACACAGUGCACGUUUACGCCCUGAAGAACUCUGUGACCAGCCGACCCCUGGAGGGAGAGGUCACCACGCUGGACAACAUCAGUCCUCCUCGGCGUGUGCGUAUCUCUGACGUGAAGGACUCGGCCAUCACGCUGACCUGGCGUGCUAAGGUUGAGACCAUCACCGGGUACCUCAUUGAAGCUCAGCCCCUCGGCGGCAGCCGCCCCGCCAUCAAGAAGACAAUCCCCGGAGAGCAGCGCACCUACACCAUCACUGGUCUGGAGCCAGGCACCUCCUACACUAUCCACAUCUACACCAUCAACGGCGAUGCACGCAGCGCCCCCUUCACCCUCACGGCCACCACAGCCAAACCAGCGGUGCAUUCCCCCACCAACCUCCAGUUCACCUCCCUGACCCCCAACUCCAUCUCCUUCAGCUGGGAACCCCCCGCCACGCGCAUCACAGGAUAUUACAUCACCUACGAGGAGGCAGGCAGGGCGCAGCCCCGUGAGCUUACCCCCCGCCCCCAUGCUGGCCAGAACUACGCCACCAUCUCUGGUUUGAGACCAGGUACCGAGUACAUCAUCAAGAUUAUCGCUCUUCAGAAUGUCCAGAGAAGCACCCCAUUGGUGGGCACGGCCAGGACUCAACGUGAAUCCCUGCUUACACUGCCACUCCCCAACCGCCCCGGAGGCUACGACCACCUGGACGUGCCUGAAGAAAAGGAGAGCCGUGUCCCAACAGUAGUAGGUAACAACGGCCUAGACACCCUGGGGGGCCAGGGCCAGAACGUGGAGUACACUGAGUACAACAACCAGAAACCCCAGACACCCUAUGGGAACGGCCAGACUCCCUAUGGGAAUGGCCAGACACCCUAUGGGAAUGGCCAGACACCCCUGGUGUUUGUGCCCCUUCCGGACUCGGAGGGGCGCAGGGUGCCGGUGGUGAGCGUGAACGUGCCUGGUGGCUCUCCCUUUGGUUUUCCAGAGAAGGACACAGGAAUCCCUCAGGAGGCCCAGACCCAGACCACCAUCGCCUGGAAGCCUUACAAGCAGAGUUCAGAGUACCUGGUGUCCUGCAACCCUCUGACACACGUCAACGAGAAGAUGUUCCAGAUGCGUCUGCCUGGUACCUCCACCAGUGCCACUCUGAUCGGCCUGACCAGCGGAGCCUCCUACAACGUUAUCGUAGAGGCCCUGAAGGGGGCACUCAAACACAAGAUCCUGGAGGAGAUUGUCACCGCCGGCAACACCCUGACAGAGGGUUCCACCGGCACAGAUAAGGACUCGUGCUACGACACCUUCACAGCGACCUACCAUGACGUUGGGACCGAGUGGGAGCGCAUGUCUGAGACGGGCUUCAAGCUGUGGUGCAGAUGUCUGGGACUAGGCAGUGGACACUUCCGAUGUGACUCCUCUAAGUGGUGUCAUGAUGGAGGUAACAACUACCGUAUCGGGGAGAAAUGGGAGCGUCAGGAGGAGAAGGGCCCCAUGAUGAGCUGCACCUGCCUGGGCAACGGGAAGGGAGAGUUCAAGUGUGAACCACAUGAGUCCACCUGCUAUGACGAUGGGAAGAUGUACCAGAUUGGUAACCAGUGGCAGAAAGAAUACCUGGGAGCCAUCUGUACCUGCACCUGCUACGGAGGACAACAGGGCUGGCGUUGUGAGAACUGUCGUAGACCAGGUGCUGAGGUUGACUCUAGUCUGCUGCAGCCCGUCCGAUACAGGGACCCCACCAACACACUACGCAAAGUGAACAUCCAGUGCCCCAUCGAAUGCCUUCGACCUGAACUACUGGCAGAUGCACUGGCAGAAGGACACAUCCCCCAGAAUCCCCUGGAGUAAAAGAUCAAUAUCCUCUUCCUUACCCAUGGUCUGCCAAGUCUCCUUGAAGAGGAGGUCGCCCUGUCCAGUCAGAGACAGACCUAACUAACACAUCGGAGCCUUACUGAUCAGCUUAACCAUAUCUAACACACCUACAUACUGUAGGUCCAAGCCUUCCUAGUCUUAAGAGAACCCCCUGCACACUUUCAGGAUGUUGGUUAAGUUGUCUGUUGUCAUUUCCCUUAACCAUAUCUAACACACCUACAUACUGUAGGUCCAUGCCUUCCUAGUCUUAAGAGAACCCCCUGCACACUUUCAGGAUGUUGGUUAAGUUGUCUGUUGUCAUUUCCCUUAACCAUAUCUAACACACCUACAUACUGUAGGUCCAUGCCUUCCUAGUCUUAAGAGAACCCCCUGCACACUUUCAGGAUGUUGGUUAAGUUGUCUGUUGUCAUUUCCCUUAACCAUAUCUAACACACCUACAUACUGUAGGUCCAUGCCUUCCUAGUCUUAAGAGAACCCCCUGCACACUUUCAGGAUGUUGGUUAAGUUGUCUGUUGUCAUUUCCCUUAACCAUAUCUAACACACCUACAUACUGUAGGUCCAUGCCUUCCUAGUCUUAAGAGAACCCCCUGCACACUUUCAGGAUGUUGGUUAAGUUGUCUGUUGUCAUUUCCCUUAACCAUAUCUAACACACCUACAUACUGUAGGUCCAUGCCUUCCUAGUCUUAAGAGAACCCCCUGCACACUUUCAGGAUGUUGGUUAAGUUGUCUGUUGUCAUUUCCCUUUGAGACACUUAAGAGGUCCAAAGGAACAUUCCUUGUGUUCGUGCAUUAAAGAGAUUAAAAUCUUCCCCUGUCCCUGAAGGUAUGUGUUUGAAGUGCUUGUUAACAGUUCAGAUGUGCUUGUCUUUUACAAAUUAUACAUUUCCAAGACUACCUGUCCAGUAUUACCGUUUGUCCUAAUCAUUUAUUAUUAUUAUUUUUUACUUCUAUAAAAUCUAAAACUGUCUGAAAUCAAAAGCACUGUUUUGAGAGAAUGUUGGUGUAGUUGCCAUGUCGACAAGUGUUUGAAAUCAUUUAGCUUUUUCUGUAGCCUCUGUGUAGACAGGGGUAGCACUGCCUGUGUGAUUGACACUGAGUUGUUGUAAUUUUGAAACUCUUUAAUGCAUUUUAUUUAUCCCUUUAAUCACAGCAUUGUUGUGUGAAUGUGAGACCUGGGGUGUCGACUUUGUUCUGGUUUUAUUUUUGUACUAAAAGGUGCCAAAGUUUGAUGGAGAUUCCCUUGUUUUGAUGAAGUUGAAAAGAACCUCAUGAAUUGCCUUUGUUUCUUGAAUAACUGUUUAUACAUAGAUUGAUGCACCAGUGUAAAUCUACGUAACAUAAUAAAAUAAAUCCUCAUCCAAAUCUGUCAGUAUAAA